GAUGAUCUGGCACAGUCUCCCAUAUUGUCCUAUCGCUGAGUUCAUUGUAGCAAUGCGAUGAACCUUGGUAAUGGAUACAGGACAGAUAAAAUGAAGUACUUAAGAAGACUUCUCUGGAACCUGUGUGCAUUUUAUCUAGUAUUUUUGGCGAAAUGAAUAUUUCAUAUUAGUCUAGAAAAUUUCAAUCAGAACAUGCGAAUAUGAACAGGCUGAAUUCUUUGCGAUAAGGACGUGCUUGAAUUUUUACCGGCACUUCCACUUUGAAGAUGAUGAAGACCACGAAAAAGCAUUCCCCCUUCAUCUCCCUGGGCCUGUUCCUGCUCAUCUCGGCCUCACGGGCAGAAAUUUUCACGUCAAUUGGACAAAUGACAGACUUGAUAUAUACGGAGAAGGAGUUGGUUCAGUCCCUGAAGGAGUACAUCCAAGCCGAGGAGUCGAAGCUAGCGGCUGUCAAGAGCUGGGCCAGUAAGCUAGACAGGCUGACACGAAUGUCCACCUCGGACCCCGAGGGCUAUCUGGCACACCCCGUCAACGCCUACAAGCUGGUGAAGAGGCUCAACACCGAGUGGUCCGACCUGGAGAGCUUGGUGCUCCAGAAUCCAUCUGACGGGUUUAUCGCCAACAUGUCGGUGCACCGACAGUACUUCCCUGACGAGGAGGAUGAAAAGGGUGCAGCUAAGGCCCUCAUGCGCCUGCAGGACACGUACAAGCUGGACUCUGAGAGUUUCUCCAAGGGAAAGCUGCCAGGGGUGCGCUAUAACAGCCAGCUGACGGUGGACGACUGCUACGACAUGGGCAAGACGGCCUACAACGAUGUAGACUACUACCAUUCGGUGCUGUGGAUGCAGCAGGCGCUGCGGCAGCUGGAUGCCGGUGAGGAGGCGCUGGUCUCCAAGGCCGACGUGCUGGACUACCUCAGCUACUCCGUCUACCAGAUGGGCGACCUGCAGCGGGCCGUGGAGCUGACCCGGCGCUUGGUGGCCCUGGAUCCCAGCCACCAGAGGGCGGGUGGAAACCUGCACUAUUUUGAGAAGCUGCUUCAGAAAGAGCUGAGGGAGAGCGAGAGGGCCAAGCCGAACCCUUCCGAGGAGAGGCCAAUUCAGCUGGGUACCUACGACCGGCCCCUGGACUACCUGCCCGAGAGAGAGACGUACGAAGCCCUGUGUCGCGGAGAGGGUAUCAAACUGACCCCCGCGAGGCGCAGCCGGCUCUUCUGCCGCUACAACGACGGCAACCGGAACCCGCGGCUGCUGCUGGCUCCCAUGAAGCAGGAGGACGAGUGGGACAACCCACACAUCGUGCGUUUCCUGGACACGCUGUCCGACGCGGAGAUAGAGAAGAUCAAAGAGCUGGCCAAACCCCGGCUUGCAAGAGCAACUGUUAGAGACCCAAAGACUGGAGUUCUGACUGUGGCCCAAUACAGGAUAUCCAAAAGUGCCUGGCUAGAAGGAGAUGUGGACCCCGUGAUUGCACGUGUCAACCAGAGAAUCGAAGAUAUCACCGGCCUCUCAGUGGCCACAGCGGAACUCCUGCAGGUCGCAAACUACGGGGUUGGAGGCCAAUAUGAGCCACACUUUGAUUUCUCGAGGAAAGAUGAGCCUGAUGCUUUCAAAUCAUUAGGGACUGGAAAUCGCGUGGCUACUUUUUUAAACUAUAUGAGUGACGUGGAAGCCGGGGGGGCCACGGUGUUCCCAGACUUUGGUGCUGCCAUCUUGCCCCGGAAGGGGACUGCAGUCUUCUGGUACAACCUGUUCCGAAGUGGGGAAGGGGACUAUAGGACCAGACAUGCAGCCUGUCCUGUACUCGUAGGAAGUAAAUGGGUCUCGAACAAGUGGUUCCACGAGCGAGGACAGGAGUUCCGAAGGCCGUGCGGCUUGACGGAAGUGGACUGAGCCCCUCCCCUCCUCGCCCCUGAUCCUUCUAUCCUCACAGGCCAUGAAAUUUAGAAUUGUGCGAACGCCCCCAAUGAGCUGACUCCUUGAACCGUGAAAGAGCUCCCCCUACAGUCUGUGGUACUCAGUGCUUCUGGGCACUAGUGUCCCGUUUGCAGAAACUGAUCAAAAUAUAAACUUUCAUUCCAAUAUAUUCUGAUAUAUUCUGGCCGUUGUAUUUAUAACACAGAUAAAUUAUUACACUGUGCAAAUGUUCAUGACAUUUCAUGGUGAUUUUUUAAAUAAAUGUUGGUUUUGAUACAAUGCAA